AAGAGAUAUAGUUCGUGGCGAAAUUCUAAUACACACGCCGCUAAUUUGUCCUUUUUUUUACCUACUUGUCUAAAUUAUAGAUUAAAGAACAGAAUUAGCACAUGAAUUAUUAUUCAUAUUUUUUCAGUGAAUAUUAAAUAUUUCGUGUGUUUCAUCUGGAAAAGAAAAAAUAAUUAUUUUUGUUUGAAAGAACUUAAUUAUUUAGCACAAUGGUAUUAUCUUGUCGAUUUUAUAAAGAAAAAUAUCCAGAAGUGGAGGAUGUAGUUAUGGUAAAUGUACGAAGUAUAGCCGAAAUGGGUGCAUAUGUACAUUUAUUAGAAUAUAAUAAUAUCGAGGGUAUGAUAUUACUUUCUGAAUUGUCCAGAAGGCGUAUCAGAUCUAUUAAUAAACUGAUUAGAGUAGGCAAAACUGAACCAGUUGUUGUCAUUAGAGUGGAUAAAGAAAAAGGUUAUAUCGAUUUAAGUAAAAGACGUGUAUCUGCUGAAGAUGUAGAAAAAUGUACAGAAAGAUAUGCCAAAGCUAAAGCUGUUAAUUCAAUUUUAAGACAUGUCGCUGAAUUAUUACACUAUGACAAUGACGAUCAGUUAGAAGAACUCUAUCAAAAAACUGCAUGGCAUUUUGAAGAAAAAUAUAAAAAGCAGGCUGCUUCUGCAUAUGAUUUCUUUAAACAAUCAGUACUAGACCCCUCUAUUCUAGCAGAAUGUGGGCUUGAUGAAAAUACGAAAGAAGUAUUAUUGAAUAAUAUUAAAAGGAAAUUGACUUCUCAAGCCGUUAAGAUUAGAGCUGAUGUAGAAGUUGCUUGUUAUGGUUAUGAAGGAAUCGAUGCUGUAAAAAGUGCUUUAAAAGCUGGGUUAGCACUUUCUACCGAAGAACUUCCUAUUAAAAUUAAUUUAAUUGCUCCUCCUUUAUAUGUCAUGACAACAUCAACACCAGAAAAACAAGAUGGGUUGAAAACAUUAAGCGACGCUAUUGAAGUUAUACAAGAGAAAAUAACGUCCCUAGGCGGAGUAUUUAAUAUUCAAAUGGCUCCUAAAGUUGUCACUGCUACCGAUGAAGCAGAAUUAGCAAGACAAAUGGAAAAAGCUGAAUUUGAAAAUGCAGAAGUUGCUGGAGAUGACGACGAUGAAGAAGUAGAAGGUAUGAUGGAUGAUUUUAGCGGUGGUGAAGGUGCAGAGGAUGAAAAAACAGGGCAUGAAUCUGCGGAAGAAGCUUAAAUUUAUCAAAUUUUCAUCAAUUCAUAAAUUCAAUUGAUAGACAAAUAUGAAACUUUUUAUUAAAGUACUCUUUCAAAUAAAAAUACUUCUACUUUUAUGGAUGUAAA